ACAGAAGCAGUCGCGAAACUUUAUCGUUAGAGGCCGAACGUCACUUGAACAGCUCACAUCAUUAGGAUCCGAUUUGCGCAUUUGUAGUUCUUAAGAAAAAGAAGAAUAUUAUCUCAGAGAAAGUACAAAAUGCGCGCUUACAUCGUCCUCGCUUUGAUAUCGUUGCUGGUGGCGUCUGCGGCUGCACAAAGCCCUACAGCAUAUGCGGCCAGCCAAGGCGCCCGUGGCGGAGCCGGCGGCAAUUCCGCUAACGCCGCCCUGCUGGCCUCGAUGAUGAGCAGCAGGGGUUCCGGUGGCGCAGGUGGCAGCGGCGGAAGGGGCACGGGUGGUGGAAUGGGUGGACUUUUCGGAGCUUCACUCUUUGGAGGAGUUGACAUGGGAAACAUCAUGGAGUACCUUAUGUGUAUGCGUACCGUUAGAAUUUCGUAUUUCUGCAUGAGUAGAUAUAUGAUGUAGACAUUCAACACUUGGACCGAAGGUGACGUCACUGAUGACGUCAUAAGUGGGACACUGCGCAAAUGACUUGAAAACACGUGCAGGAAUGUUCGUAUUUCCGUACGGUUUUUGUGAAUGCGCCUGUGAUCAUGAUGUAAUACCUUGUUUGAUGACACUUAUGUCUACCAUGUAGAUCUAUGAAACUUGGGUGGGUUGUGUCGGCAUUGACAUUACAACCUGAUCAUGCUGUGCCUACUUCAAUCAUUUUGCCUAGAAUAUUUCAUUUUGAAUAAAAGCUUAGUAAAAUGAUGAUAUUUAAGUCGCAUUACCCGAAAAUGUAGACCAGAGUAUCACAUUACAUAUUUUGCUCAAUUGAAACAUAAAUAAAUAACUAAAGAUUUA